ACACAUGAAUAGUAUUUUCAAUAUUUUCGAACCAGAAGACUUCGUAAAUAUAACCAUGAUAAUGUCUAGUGCCAUAACAUUUGAAAGUCAAUUUAAAUCGAAAUUUAAUGUAUCUGAAACUACCGUGGAGAAAUAUAACUAUAAUAACAAAACGUAUCUUUUUCAAAUGAUGCAUCAAACGCUGAAGCUGCCAUAUUCAAACAUACCUUCACUAAAUGCCGAUGUUAUGGAGUUAGAGUUUGGUGAUGACGGAAAAUUUAGUUUGCUACUUAUCUUACCUAAUCUUCGAACUAAUAUGAAGGAAGUUUAUAAUAAGUUAAAUACCGUGACACUCAAAUAUGUUUUCGAUAAGCUGCAGAGUGACGUCGAUAAGUUCGGCUUAAAGGAGGUACAUCUUAAGCUACCAAAAGUUAAAAUCAACACGAAAAUUGUUUUAAAUAAGCCUCUCAGUAACAUUGGAUUGAAACAUAUACUUGAACCUGAGAAAAGUGAAUUUUCAGGGAUUGUAAGUGACGAUUUAUAUAUUACAACGAUCGAUCAUUCUUGUGAAAUACAUAUUGGAGAGACAGGCGUAUAUGCAAUAGCAAGCACGCCAGGAUAUCGUGACAUGAAUAUUUUCGGAUCUGACCUGGAAGCUGAACAACCUUUCAUAUUUUUUGUGAUGGAGAAGACAACUCAAACUAUAAUGCUUGGUGGACUUUACUCUAAACCAGUUUAUAUUAUGAAUUAAGUAUUGUUUGUAACGUAUUGCUACAAUUUAACAAUAAUAAUGUAUUUAUGCA